CGGAGACGCCGUUUCCGCCCGGGCCCAAGAUGGCGGCGCCCUUUGUCUGUUCCGUGUCACUCUGAGCGCCGCCGCCGCCGCCCGGGAUUAUGUGACGCGCGCCGGAUAGCAGCCAUGGAUUUCCCUCAGCACAGCAAGCAGGUGCUGGAGCAGCUGAACCAGCAGCGGCAACUGGGCCUGCUGUGCGAUUGCACCUUUGUGGUGGAUGGCAUCGACUUCAAGGCCCACAAGGCAGUGCUGGCGGCCUGCAGCGAAUACUUCAGGAUGCUCUUCGUGGACCAGAAGGACGUGGUGCACUUGGACAUCAGCAACGCAGCAGGUCUCGAGCAGGUGCUGGAGUUCAUGUACACAUCCAAGCUGAACCUGAGCCUGGAGAACGUGGAGGACGUCUUGGCUGUGGCUGGCUUCCUUCAGAUGCAGGAGAUCAUCAUCGCUUGCAACUCCCUGAGGACCCUGUCAGCACCAGCAGAAACUGCAGUGGAGAGCCCGGGGGACCCCCCGACAGCUGGGCAGGAGAAAACAGCUGGUGGGGGUAAAGAGGCGACAGAGACCCCCCAGGAUCUGGAGGAGACCCCACAGCCCCCACCCAGCAGCAUCCAGAAGGAGGCGGCCAUGGAUCCCACAAAGGAACAGGAGGAAGAGGAGGCUGAAUGCGCAGCUGGUGAGGGCCCAGCUGUAGAAGAUGACGUCUCCUCCCGAGUGCCCGACACCUCGCAGGCAGAAGGCUCCUGCCCUGGGGAAAGCAGCGCUGCCCCAAAACCUGCCCUUUCGAGGGCUGCAGAGGCUGCUGAGCCCUCUGCACUGAAGCUGUCCUCUGAGAUGGAGGCAGAGCUGGAAGGCAAGGGCGAGGGGACCGUGCAACCAGAGGCCGAUGUACCUUCCCAGGCCCACGAGGCCCAGCUGGCCAACGGCAACUCCCAGGAUGAGGAAGAGUCGGGGGGCACGGACUCCGGGGCAGAGAACGCAGGGGAGGCCCGGCUUCUGCGCUCGGGGACCUACAGCGACAGGACCGAGUCCAAGACCUACGGGUCGGUCACCCACAAGUGCGAGGACUGCGGGAAGGAGUUCACUCACACUGGCAACUUCAAGCGGCACAUCCGCAUCCACACCGGGGAGAAGCCCUUCACCUGCCGCGAGUGUAGCAAGGCCUUCUCCGACCCGGCAGCCUGCAAGGCUCACGAAAAGACACACAGCCCCCUGAAGCCAUACAGCUGUGAGGAGUGUGGCAAGAGCUACCGCCUCAUCAGCCUGCUGAACCUACACAAGAAGCGCCACACCGGGGAGGCCAAGUACCGUUGCGAGGACUGCGGCAAGCUCUUCACCACCUCCGGCAACCUGAAGCGCCACCAGCUGGUCCACAGCGGGGAGAAGCCCUACCGGUGUGACUACUGCGGCCGCUCGUUCUCCGACCCCACCUCCAAGAUGCGCCACUUGGAAACCCACGACACCCACAAGGAGCACAAGUGCCCCCAUUGUGAGAAGAAGUUCAACCAGGUGGGGAACCUCAAAGCCCACUUGAAGAUCCACAUUGCCGAUGGACCCCUCAAGUGCCGGGAGUGCGGAAAGCAGUUCACUACAUCAGGCAACCUCAAGCGGCACCUGCGCAUCCACAGUGGGGAGAAACCGUACAUCUGCGUGCACUGCCAGCGGCAGUUUGCCGACCCGGGGGCUCUGCAGCGCCAUGUCCGCAUCCACACAGGCGAAAAGCCCUGCCAGUGCCUGAUCUGUGGCAAGGCCUUCACUCAAGCCAGCUCCCUCAUUGCCCACGUGCGCCAGCACACCGGGGAGAAGCCUUACGUCUGCGAGCGCUGCGGCAAGAGGUUCGUCCAGUCCAGUCAAUUGGCCAACCACAUCCGCCACCACGACAACAUCCGCCCCCACAAAUGCAGCGUCUGCAACAAGGCCUUCGUGAACGUGGGCGACCUCUCCAAGCACAUCAUCAUCCACACAGGCGAGAAACCUUUCCUCUGCGACAAGUGCGGCCGCGGCUUCAACCGUGUGGACAACCUCCGCUCUCACGUCAAGACGGUCCACCAGGGCAAGGCCGGGAUGAAGGUGCUGGAGCACGGGGAGGGCGACGAGUUCAACAUCGUGACCGUGGCUUCCGACGAGAUGGUGACGCUGGCCACCGAAGCCCUGGCGGCCACGGCAGUCACACAGCUGACAGUGGUCCCUGUGGCAGCGCCCGUCACAGCUGACGAGACGGAAGCCUUGAAGGCUGAAAUAACGAAGGCUGUGAAGCAAGUACAGGAAGCAGAUCCAAACACCCAAAUCCUGUACGCUUGCGACUCCUGCGGGGAGAAGUUCCUGGACGCCAACAGCCUGGCCCAGCACGUCCGCAUCCACACAGCCCAAGCCCUGGUGAUGUUCCAGGCGGACACAGACUUUUACCAGCAGUACGGUGCCCCCACUGCUGCCUGGCAGCCUGAACAGGUCAUUCCUUCAGGGGAGCUGCUCUUCCGCACGAGGGAUGGCAGCGAUGCCCAGCCCACUUCUCUGCCCACAGAGGCCCCACAGACUGCAGAGUGAAGGGAGGGCUGGUUGCUGAGGAGCAAGGGGACCGGUAUGGAUUGUACUACAUGCUGCUCCUUCGGGGGGGGGGGGGCAGCACGUGUGGUUUGGUUCUAAGGUGCUGCUGGCUGUUCCCUCCUUGCCCACCCAAUGCCUCCAGCUUCACUCACAAGCAGCUAUUUAAGGAGGUGAAGGCGUUACUAAUGUAAAAAAAAAAAAAAAAGAUUAUUUCUGUAUUUGAGAGGCUUCUGCAUCUGUGUUAAUAUUUAGAAACAAAAUAAAGGCCAUUAUUUUCUAA